CCAUUUGGGUAUUUUCGCUAUCUCUUCGUUAACGUAUCUUAUGUCGAAACUUACACAAUAUAAUUUAUGCUUCCACACUUUACUGGAUCCUGAGAACUCUUCAAGUAGGAAGUCCGAUCACGCCUGUGGAAACUCUGGUCCUUAAAGGAUAUGGUGGGAGGAUUCAAAUGUAUGGGUGUCUGUGUGCCUAUGUAAUCUACAGUACAGGAUUUACCUUUCUGAGCUUAUCUUGGAGCACUAUAUAAUUUGUUUAGACACCUCGGCCUUCGUUGAACUGCAACGUGUUCAGUUAUGGUGAAAGCAGGCGAAUUGUCUUAAACAGAGCUGGUGGAAGUAUCGCGACUGGUGUGCGGCGAUACAGCCGCAAGUUUUGAUACUGACAUUUUGGAGAUUGACUGACACAUUCACACUCAAAAAUGAAAACCUUUCAUCCUGGAGACAAGGUUUUUGCAAAAGUUCGCGGAUAUCCACCGUGGCCUGCAAGAGUGGAAAAUGUAGUAGCGUCAACUCCCAAUAAUGUGAAAUAUAAUGUUUUCUUUUAUGGUACUGCAGAAACAGCGGUUUGUAAAGUUGAAGACCUGUUUUUGUAUUACGAAAACAAAGAAAAAUAUGGAAAACCAAUAAAGCGCAAAGGUUUUGCCCAGGCGUUAGCACAGAUUGAGGGAAGAGAACCUCCACCUCCAAAUAUGCCAGGUAGUAUUCCAACUACACAAAGUGCAGAUGGUGAAAGUGAAGGUGAAGGAGACUUGGUCAUUGAUGAAGCACCGAGAACUUCUGUUUCAAAGCCAUUAGUGCCUGAUACUGCAGAGGACAAGAAGCGUCCCGUGAAGCGUAAACGUGUGACUGAAAUUGGUCCUGAUGAACAGGAAACAAAACGAACAAAGCGUCAGAGUACUUCAGGUAACCGGAAGUCUAUGAACAAAGAACCUCAGCGCACUCCAGAGAAUGUCGGAAUACAGCCUUCUCCACAGAGAGCAGAGAUUGUAAGUAGAUCUGGCCGUAAAAUUAAGCCAAAAAAGUUUGCAGAUGAUGAUGACGCUGCUGCAGCUGCUGCAUUAGAAGAAGGUGCCAUUCAAACCACCAUACUUGCUGCUGACGAAGGAUCUUCUCAAGAACAAAAACCUUCUGUGAAAAUUGAGAAAAGUUCUGCAGACAUAGGUGGUGCAAAAGAGCUUAAGAAAACUCUGAAAAAGAACCAGUCUGUGAGGGCAAAUGCUCCAUCAGGUCAAGCUGUUUGCAUCCAUAUAAAUACAGAUGAAGAGAAAGCUCUUGAAGGUGCCCUUAAAUUGAAGGAUUUAAUAGAAGCAGGUGAUAUUAUUCCAAAAACUAUGCAAAUGUACCUUAAAGAAGAAUCAGAAAAUACACAUGGCCAACUGUUAAUUGAACGCCGGAAGAGUAAAAUUAAAUGGCUGAAAACAGAACUUCGCUUGGCACAGCUUGAUGGUGCAAUAAAAGGAUGUCUAGGUUUAUUGAGUGCAGAUCCUGACAAAUGUUUGCAACAUUUAGAUGAACUCGCUGGUCUGUCUAUUGAUCCCUUGAUGCUCCUCAAGCAACCGAGUUUAGUAGAAACCAUCAGGAGGCUUCGUCAUUAUGUAGGAAAUGUAGACAAGUGGAAUUUCUCAGAGCAACAAAAGGCACAGUUCUAUCCCAAGACAGCCACAAUAAGAAAUAAGGCAGCCUACAUUUACAGCCAGUUUAAAUCACUUUUUACUGUUCCUGAUAAUCAGUCAUUUUGGAGUUCUUUUACAGAACGCAAACUAAAAUUUCAGAAGGUUACUACAGCAUUCCCUAGAGAGUGUGUCCAUUCCUUCAUUCAGGAUUCAAAAUAAUCAGGAGAUCGAAAAUCAGCUCAGAGAGUAAGUCUUCUGUUUAUGUGUAAUGGACUACUGGGAAUUCAAAUCUGUUAAAUAUUUGAUUCUUCUUAUGUACUGAUGACCCUCGUAUUCAUACUACUUUUGAACAGUAUUAACUGUUACAGAAAAACACUUCUGAGGUGUGAAAAAUAAAUGUAAAAAGCUACUGAUUUGGUGGACAAUGUUUUAACAACCUUACUAUGUUAAAAGGACAAUUCAUAGUGGUUUGUCAUUUUGUAGCUCUUUAAAUUUGUAUGGGCUGUUUUUAUGUCCAGCUGUCCCAUCAGUUAAGAAUACAGUGUAAUGUUUUGCAUGCUCUAUUGUAAGCUUAGUGCAAAAAUUAUGGAUAGGUAAUUGUUUCGUAUAAUAAUAUGAAUUUUGUCCCAUCUUGAUAAUCAAUAAAGAUCUGUAUGUAUAUGUA